UUUACACACCGGAUCCCUGGUCCCGGCAGUACCAUGGCGGCCUACAUGACAUCGUCUGCUCUGGCCAAAACAAUCCUGCAAAACGAGAGAUUCGCCCACUCCCUACUCAGACACAACAUCCAGAGGAACAUCCAGCAGAGGAGGAAAACCAGAGCAGCAUUUCCUGCGAGCCUGCCGGCGCUGUCGUGCCCUCGCCCCUCGCAAAAGGACGCCCAGAGGCUAUCUUGGAGAGAAUCCGCAUCCUGGGGAGAGCCGCGGAAUAUCCUGUCGAAGGCCCUCGUCGGCCGCCCUUUCCCGACUCCUCUCCUUCUCGCUCAGCCGUUCCUCGGUCUCGGGGCUCGGGGGGGAGUCGGCGCUCGGAGAAAUGCGUGUGCCAAGCGCCCGUGCCAAGUACGGUGCCUGCAGACGGGCGACGCAAGCAGAGAGGCCGGGGAGGCGAGGGAGCAGAGGCCGCCAGUAGCAACAUGGGAGGCUGUAAGGGAGAAGAGGAACCAGUUCAAAGAAGCUGGCCAGGACCUGUUAGAUGACAUCAAAGAGAAGAAAGCAAAAGUCAGGGAAAGAAUGGAUGCUAUCAUUGAGCGUGAAAACAUAUGGACCAUCCCAAACCUCCUGUGUGUCAGCCGCAUCGCCCUUUCGCCGUACUUGUGUCACUUGGUCCUCUCGGCUGAUUACAACUGGGCUCUGGGACUGUUCAUGUUUGCAGGGUUUACGGAUUUGCUGGACGGAUGGAUUGCCCGUACCUUCCCAACUCAGGCCUCGCGUCUUGGGAGCUUCCUGGACCCUCUGGCAGACAAGGUCUUGGUCGCCAUGCUCUUCCUCUCCCUUACUUACGUUGGGCUUAUUCCAUUGCCACUGACUGGACUGAUUAUCUACCGUGACGUCCUCAUUAUUGGUGGCGCCUCUUAUGUGCGGUACAAAAGUCUGCCGCCACCGAAAACCAUCUCUCGUUACUUUGAUGCAACCCAUGCCACGGCCCAGCUGGCUCCAACGACCAUAAGCAAAGUUAACACUGCCAUUCAGCUGGGUCUUAUUACUGCCUCGCUUGCUGCUCCAGUUUUCUCCUUCACAGACCACUACCUUCUGACUGGCCUCUGUUGGGUGACUGCAGGAACCACUCUAAGUUCAGGCAUUAGUUACAUCUUCUCAAGGAAUACGUACAAGAUCCUAGAGAAGAUGAAAGAGGAAUCGAAACAUUGAAUAAACUAUGGUAACUUUUAUUCUGUUCAUUGUGAACUGAUGUACUCAGUACUGUGUUUUUUUGUAGGUUAUUCCAACUCAUGUUUUUCUCCGAAUCAUUUUUAGUCUUGUCAUUUGUUUAUAGUUGUACUCAGUAUUGUGUUCACAAGUACUUUUGAGGAUUACUGAAUGAUAAUAACUCUGCAAAUGUUUCAGUACAUAAAUUUUUAUCCUGCAUUGUAUUUUUUUUUCUUCUUCAUUCUUUCUUUUUUCAUAGUGAUAUGAAUAUGAAUGCAGUUGUUGUAUUUCAUUAUUGUAGCCUGUUUGUGAAGGUUUUGUCAAAUUCUGAGGAAUAUACAAUGUCUUUGAUGAUUUGACCAUUUUGUAUUGGCUUUUGCAUCAUUUAUUUUUAUGUUUAUGUGUCAGAUAAGGUUGAAAGGUCUAUAUUUUUACAAAAUGGCAAAAUGGAAUAUAUUUUACAAACUAGCAAAGAGAGAAAGAUCUUUAGUGAAACAAUUAAUAUCAUUUCAGAGAUGGCAUCCUCGUUUUUAUAGAAUUUGGAAAUGUAUGGUAUGAAAUCUUUUUAUUAAAUUUAUUCAUGUUUGAUUUCCUUUGUAUUUUGGUUAUUUGUCUAUUUUAUUUUGUUCUUGUUUGCCUUUUGCUUUUAUUUGAGUUUAAACUUUGUAAAAAAAAAAAAAAAAAAAAUUGAAUAAAAGCAGUAUGAAGAGAAAGCUAUCUUUUUAGUGCUUAUGCAAAUGUAUUUAUCUGUUAACACAGUUUUGACACAUGGAAAUAUUAUUUUGUUGAAUUUAGGUAUCCAGUUAAACACAGACGUUGAAUGCAACCAAACACACAAAAGCAAAUGAGAAUGCACAAACACAUACUUUCUUAGAUUCGUACAGUUUAGUUCUGUGAUAAGUAAUAUGCAUUUUAGUUUGUGCAACAUUUGGAUUGAACUUUUGCCUGUUUCUCCGGAUUUUGCUAGUGCAGUUCAGAAAUAGAAUCAAUGCUAAUAAGGUCUACAAAAAAAAAAAAAAAAACACACAUAC